CUCACAUUGUGAAUGACGUCACAGUAGUAAUGACGUCAUAGAAUGGUUCCAUGACGACGUUCCUGAUCCCAAGCCCUCUGUUCACAUCACACUGUCUUUGUGUUCAGACGUACAUGUCUUGCGUGUCACGAAGAUCAGAAUUUGUUACUGUUGACGUGUUGACUGUUACUGUUUGAUUAUUCAUCCCAUAACUUCCAACUACUGCUGAUGAGAUGGCUUUGAAACAACGAAAGCUACUCUCUCCCAUCCUCGAGACGGAAGAGAGAGAGUCUUGUCCGUCAAGUCCAGGAUCAACCACACUGCACGAUGAUUUACUCGGUCAAUACAUGGAUCUAAAAUCACAAAUUGGAGACACGGAGGAGAGCCUCCUUGAUCAACUUUUCAUAGAAAAUCAGAGGCUGCGCCAAAUGAAUGAGCGACAGAGCUGCGAGCUCCGACAUGAACGUGAGCUAAGACUGAAGGCUCAAGAAGAAAGACGCGAGUUCCGUGUAGAAUAUCUCAACUACAAGCUCAGUUUAACAAUGGAGCAUGCGGAGCUGCAGGAAGUGAGGAAGACGAUGGAGGAGCUCGCCAGCAGCUGGGAGAAGGAGAAGCAGGCGGAGGUGGAGCAGAGGAAGAAGUUGGAGGAAGAGCUUAGGAACCUCAGAUCUUCCCUCCAGCUUGCAACCCUCCAUCCCAAGGCUCUGCCUCUGACCUGUCACACUCCAGGCAAGAUUAAGGCCAGUUUCCCGACAAUAGCUCCUCCAGCCCACCCAAAGAAGGCACACAGACCGUAUACUGGAUAUACAAAAAGCAAAGUUCCAUGCACGGUCCAGCCUGCACAAAAUAGGGACACACCCUCUUCUUGUGGGGACAGCAAGGUGAAGACCACAACUGGACGCAAGGGCAAUGUCACUCCUGGCAUAGAACUCACGUCGAAGGACACCCAGAGCGGCCAAAGUGUUCCUAAACGGUCACUAAGAUUCUCAAGAAGAGUUCGCCAAUUGCAUUAAGAUAUAUUCAAUCGUUUUAUGAAAACCCUUUCUACACAGUGUAUGAACAUGUCCACGUGAAAUAUUGUAGCUUUCAUUUGAUCACCACAAUAUAUGUAAAUUUGAAUUUAAUUUGUAAGUCUCCUUGAAUUGUAGAAUUGAGCUGGCGAUGAUUAUACUUACUGAUCUAUUACGUUUUGUGUUGUUUUGUUUUUUUAAUUCGCCCAUUUACGGCAACUUUAAAUUACCUCAUAAAAAUGUAAGUAAGUCUAGCGAUCAUGCGGUGGUACUGCUGAAGUGGGUCUACUGAUCAUGUAGUAAAACUGCUGAAGAGACAUUACUGAUAAUAUGGUGAUAUUGCUGAGACGAGCUGUGUGACUAUUUUACAACUGAUGGACAGGUCUCGUGUCUCAGUGGGAU